UAUAUAUUUGAAGGAGAUUGAAACAUAAAAACAGGGGGCGUAUAGAGAGGACUAUGAACAUGCUUUCGCUUCUUGUUACAACAACUCCUUGCAGAUCUUAGUAGUUUUCAUCUUUUUUCAUCGCCCUUUAGUUUUAAUCAGGAGGCCUAAAUUUUUUGUUGGGUUGAUCAGCAAUGGAUCCGAUGAUAUAUACUUGAAUCUGAUAAAACUGAGUUGUUGUACAUAAUAAGAUUUGUGUUUUUUUUGUGGGUUUUGAGACUGAGUGUAAAAAGUUGAUUCUUGAUUACUUUUGUUCUGCAUUUUACUUAAUGGGCUAUUGAAAAAUCGGAACUUUGAUGAGUUCGUGGCUGGUUUGGAAUUUGUGGUAUCUACUAGAUGACUAGAUCCAUCUUAGGAAAUAUGCAGUCUGAUCUCGGAAAAUUAUUUAUCGGUGGAAUCUCAUGGGACACUGAUGAAGAGCGUCUCAAGGAGUAUUUCAGUAGUUUUGGUGAGGUCCUUGAAGCUGUGAUUAUGAAAGAUCGGACUACUGGACGAGCUCGUGGUUUUGGAUUUAUUGUGUUUGCGGACCCUGCUGUUGCUGAUAGGGUUAUUAAGGAGAAGCACAAUAUUGAUGGCAGGCUGGUUGAAGCAAAAAAGGCUGUUCCAAAGGACGAUCAUAGCAGCGCAGUUAGUAGAAACAGUGGUAGCAUUCAGGGCUCUCCAGGUCCAGUUCGCACUAGAAAAAUAUUUGUCGGAGGUUUAGCUUCUACCGUCACAGAAAGUGACUUUAGAAGUUACUUUGAGCAGUUUGGAAAUGUGACAGAUGUUGUGGUGAUGUAUGACCACAACACUCAGAGACCAAGAGGAUUUGGUUUUAUAACUUACGAUUCCGAGGAUUCGGUGGACAAUGUGCUGCUUAGAACUUUUCAUGAGCUUAAUGGUAAAAUGGUAGAGGUCAAGCGUGCUGUCCCAAAAGAGCUAACACCUAGUCCUAACCGAAGUCCACUUGGGGGUUUCAACUAUGGUUUGGGCAGGAUGAGUAGUGUCCUAAAUGGCUACAAUCAAGGAUACUCACCUAAUGCAUUAGGAGGGUUGGGUGUCAGGAUGGAUGGUAGGUUUAGUCCAAUCACUGCUGGAAGGACCGGGUUUGCUCCUUUUGGUUCAGGCUAUGGAAUGAGCUUGAAUAUAGGAAUGAACCCGAAUUAUGGCGGAAAUGUAAAUCUCAACAAUUCUGUUAGCUAUGGGAGGGGAAUGGGCCCGUUUUACAAUUCAAACAGAUUAAAUAAUCCUCCAGCUUUUGAUGGUGGAAAUUUAGGAAACACUGCUUCUUUAUUUAAUUCCCAACCUCGAAACUUGUGGGGUAAUGGGGGGCUCGAUUAUGGAGCCAAUCCUACAAACUCAACUGGGUAUGUGGGAUCUGGAACCAGUGGUAUUGGAGCUAGAAAUUUUGGCAUCAAUGGACUUAACUGGGAUAAUUCUCCGAUUUCACCUCAGGCUCAAGGUGGAAGAAAUGUAUCUAGUCAAGGCGGUAUUAUAGGAUACGGAGCUGAAAACAGUUACAAUUUGGGUGGCGGAGCAUAUGGAAGAAACAGUGCUACUACUGGUGCUCGCAUGUCAUCACAUUCGUCGUCAAAUGGUGGUUAUGAUGCAACUUUUGGAGAUAUCUACGGUAGUCAUCCAGUAUAUGGAGACAGCACCUGGCACUCAGCAAAUUCUGAGAAAGAGGAUUCUGUAGCUUUUAGUUAUGGGCUUGGUGAUGGAUCUAGUGAUGCUCAGAUCAAUAGUUCUCCUGGUUAUGUUGAUGGCUAUGGGGUUACCAGGAGGCAGACUAACAGAGGAAUUACUGGAUAGGAUGAUACCGAAGAUGAUUUAAUAGUAGAUGGAGCUGAUGUAGCAAGUAAACUGUGAAUUUUGGGUACCUCCCUUGUUAGCGUUAUUUUCAGGGGGAAAGUUAAAGAGAAACCAUCUCAUCUUUUAGCUAGGCGGACUGCCUGUUUUUUUUUAUGAAUUUAAGUUUUAGAUAUAGAUGAUAUAAAAGGAUUUGGAUUUGAGGAUUUUGAUUUUGAGUUAUAUUUAGGUGUUCCAUUUGGAAUUUGAGUGAGGUGUAUAAUCUGUUUGCGGCAUAUAGUGAGCGUAUCAUGCAUUUCUGGUAAGGCAAUGGUACAUUGGAAACAAAAAGACAAGGAAGUAGACCUCUGGUUUGGUUAAUUAUCAGAAUUCUUUGGUGGUUAGCCAUGCUGCUAUGUCUGCAGAAACCCAGGUUAUCCUGCACAACUUAAUUUUCUUGUUCUGUUCAUUUGUUAGUUUGUUUCUUCUGAAGACGAGGAUUUUCUUACAGUUUAUUGUGAAACAUUUGGAGGAUAUCUAUCGAAGGUCUAAUUAAUAAGUUUACCGCGUUCUGGUA